CCCUCACGCAAGGGCGUCAGGCAUUGGAUAAUUAGCCAGGCAUGGCUUCCACAGGUCCAAGGCAAAAGCGGGAAGCUGCAACUCGGCGGAGAUCGAGAUUUGGCUGCCGAAAUUGCAAGCUUCGCAAACUCAAGUGCGACGAAGGCAAACCCCACUGUAAGAGAUGUCGUUCAUACGGGGUAUUAUGCAACUUUGUGUCAAACAUUUCCGAUCUCCAGCCUAUCACUGCUGAUACAGGGCGAUCAUUGGUGGUUCAGCGUCCUCUCACCAAUGCUGUCUGGACCUCUGAUGCAUCCAUUUCCUACCAGCUAAACGCCAAGUGUCAAGAUUUCAUCACCAGGUACCUGGGACGAAGUCUCAUUACCCCAAAUGAUCCGAAUAUGAUCCAAAUGAAUCGUAAGCUCCUGGAACUAGCUUUUGCCUACCCCUGCUUAAUGCACGCCUCUCUAGCUGUGGCGCUAACAUAUGACCGCCAUCUAAAUGGCUUGUUAGAUCGUCCUCGCACUCUAGAAGAGUGUUACCACUGGGCUCAAGCUACCGUUCUCUUCAACAAACUGCUGAGGCAACCGAUGGAAGCAAAGGAUAAGGAUCCAAUCUGGGGCACUGCGGCGGCUCUCGUUAUCUUAACUUUCUCAUCCCCUGAGGCAUCUACCCCCGAACAAGCGUGGCCUCUUAAUUCAUCCGACUCCGACCUAGACUGGCUGCGUAUGAGCAAGGGCAAAAUGUCCUUGUGGCACAUGGUGAAUCCGCUGCGAUCAGACAGCCUUUUCCGCGUCAUGGCGGUGACUUUUGCUCAUAUGCUUUCACCAUUCCCAGAGACAGGUAUCGACGGUAUACCCAGGGCCUUGGCUGCCGUGUGUAAUCUCGGAGAUACAUCAACGGCCGACAAUAAUCCGUACUUCCAUGCUGCCCACGCGGUAUCCCCGAUCUUGGAUCUCCCGGAUAGCGAGGUCACAAUGGGACCAACUCAACUCUUCAUGCGGAGUAUCCAUGGCCCUUUUGAAGACUUGCUCCGGAACAGGGACCCUAUUGCGCUGUUGUUGCUCUAUCUGUGGUACCGCAAAGCAAGUCGCAGUAUUUGGUGGAUUGAACUGAGAGCUAGAGUGGAAUGCCCUGCAAUUUGCCUCUAUCUGCGACUACAUCAUGCAGAUAAUGGUCCUAUUCAGGAAUUCCUUCCGGGAGGAGCUCUUACUCAAGUUCCCCUCUGAAACCUUUGACAGGCAUUGCAGCAGUGAUUUCUAUCCCAUUGUCGAAUACACCUGUCAUGAAUCCUUCUGAUAUUCCUUGCCAAUGUCGGGUAUCCAUGUCACAGGUGUUAGGAAUCAAUCUCUGCACGUGCUGGUGGCUUUCUGGUGGC